AAACAAAUAGAACCACAACUUUCAAACAAUUCGCUUCGACCCCUAAUUAAUGGCGGCGGCGGCGAUGUCUUGGACCACCGUGGUCAGUUCAUGAAACCCUGGAAUCUUCCUAUCCUCAGAUUUCUCCGGACCCGAGACUCUCCCCUCUCACGAAUCCGAACAAUGACACUCACAUCGAAUCCAUCGCAAGUGCGAGACGAUCUCCUCUGCUCGGAUCAGCCGGUGGAAACAGCACCAGCAAGCUUGUGCGCUCCUGGUCGGGUUUCGAGCAUCGACACAAGGGUGGAGCAGGCUUGGGCGCACUGGGAGAAACUAGGUAGACCGAAGUACAUCGUUGCACCGAUGGUGGAUAACUCAGAGCUGCCGUUUCGAUUGCUCUGCCAGAAAUACGGAGCUCAAGCUGCUUACACACCGAUGCUGCAUUCCAGGAUCUUCACCGAGACUGAUAAUCGGAACAAGGAAUUCACCACUUGUAAGGAGGACAGGCCAUUGUUUGUGCAGUUCUGUGCUAAUGAUCCUGAUACUCUCUUGGAAGCUGCAAAGAGAGUCCAACCUUACUGCGAUUACGUUGAUAUCAAUCUUGGGUGUCCUCAACGCAUUGCGAGGCGAGGAAACUAUGGGGCAUUCUUGAUGGAUAACCUUCCUUUAGUGAAAUCACUUGUUGAAAAGUUAGCUCAGAACCUCACUGUUCCCGUCUCCUGCAAAAUCCGCAUUUUCCCAAACCUUCAAGAUACACUCAACUACGCCAAGAUGCUUGAAGACGCUGGUUGCUCGCUGCUUGCAGUUCACGGCCGGACGAGAGACGAGAAAGACGGCAAAAAGUUUAGGGCCGACUGGGGCGCCAUCAAGGAGGUGAGAAACGCUCUGAGAAUCCCUGUUCUAGCGAAUGGGAACGUGAGGUGCAUUGAAGAUGUGGAGGACUGCAUCAGAGAGACGGGCGUCGAAGGUGUUCUUUCCGCCGAGACGCUUCUUGAAAACCCGGCGGUGUUUGCCGGGUUUAGAACAGCUGAAUGGGCUGAAGAUAAUGAAGAAGGAGAGGGAUACGUCGAUGGAGGGUUGGAUCAGGGAGAUUUAGUUGUUGAGUAUUUGAAGUUAUGUGAGAAGCAUCCGGUUCCGUGGAGGAUGAUUCGGUCCCACGUGCAUAAGAUGUUGGGAGAUUGGUUUAAGGUUCAUCCACAUGUUAGGGAGCAGCUCAAUGCUCAGAACAUAUUGACGUUUGAGUUUCUGUACGGUCUUGUGGACCAGCUUAAAGAGCUUGGAGGACGAGUCCCGCUUUACAAGAAAAGGAAGAUAGAUAUUCCGCAAGAGUCUACACCAAAGGGUUUAGAGAAUUGAACCUAUACAUUCUUGAUUCAUUGGUAUUUUUAUGUUGUAUCAUUGUCCAAAUACUUUUUGAAGUAAAACUCUCUUAUAAACUAAAUUGUUUAUUAAUAUUUAGCUAAACUAUAAUCU